UUCAACAUGGCCACCAACCAGCUUCGGUCGCAGUUGGCUAUGGGUUUUCUAAGACGCCGGGUUCGCCAGUUGGAGGAGUAAACAACACUGCGUUUCCACAACGAGCCGACCGACGACCGGUCACAUACUUGGCCGGAAAGUGAGAGUUUUCAUAUCCAUCAGUAUCGUUCGUAGCAGUCCUCGACUCCAGCAGCAGGUGGUCCAAAUAUGGACCCGCAUGUAGUUAAUUGCGUGGUUAAAAAAUUGUCGCUGCCGGCAAAGAAAGCCAUAGCACAUUACUCACAGUCACAGUUCGUUUACUUUCGUUCGGUGCUACCGAUUGGGAAAGACAGCGGAAAGUUGGUUUGAGAGACAAGCCUACCGAAAAAAAAAAAACAAACUUUCAGGUUACGAAUCAGAAUUGCUAUCAUCAAAUGUGAUAUCAGAAUGAGGAGAAUUUUUAUUCUCUAGUAGGCUGUGAAUACUUCAUCAUAUAUAAGUUUUUAUUUUUCGUUUGGCGGAGAUGCGUUCCAAAUUAUUCGUGUAGAAAGUCAUUAAAAACAAUUAAAAAAAAAUUCAACAAUGUCGAGCACCAUUCCAAUAUACAGCAUUCACAACUCAUCUCAACUACUAGCCGAGCCAGUCCAUUGUUGUCCCCAUCGCGUUCGGUAACGAGCAUUUUAUGGUCACCCAGCAGGACCAGCGGCACAUUUUGGAUCAACGGACAUGGUAUCUGAGUUCUGCUCCGGUGUAUCCAUUAUCAUCGAUCGCUAGUCAAUAUGCGUUUCCACCUGCACCAGGUCAGCUCCCCCUGCAGCAGUUACUGCACCAACUUGUUACCAUCCUGUCCAUGCAUCAGCAGGGCCCAUGUCCGCCGCAGGGAAACAAUGGACCAGUUCCUUUUAAUUUCCACUACGAAAAGCAAACUUCGACCGAUGAUCUCCCGUACUAUAUGCGUCGAUUCGGUUGCGACGAAACGAAAUCAGGAGAACCGUCCGUGAUAAGGCAUUUCCAUUAUGUGUUGAAUGCCGCUACACAAAAUAAAGGUGUCAACACGGAUGGAUCGGAGUCGCCAGGGGAAACGGGCGCAGGAACGGCUGGUUUCUGGAAUCCGUGGAAGCGUGUGCAAUUUUUUGAAGAAAAUUCUGUCACUCGAGUGCCAGUCAGUCUAACGGAAAACGCAGAUGUCCAGGAACGAAUGGAUUGUGACGAUCCCGGAGAAGGUACGAGUGGUGAAAAUGCAUAUUGUAUGAUUAAAAAACAAAAAGAAAAGGAGAUGCGGUUCUGGUAGCGAAAUCCAGCGAUCAACUGUAUCGUUUUGUAAUAUAUUUUGAACCAUUUGGUCCGAAACUGAAACGCACCCAACACUAAUGUGAAAUGAGCAAACAGACCUUUGAUCUUUCCCAGUCUGUUUCUAUCUCUCUCUCUCUCUCUCUCUCUCUCUCUCUCUGCCUGUGUCUCGUUCUCAAUUUGCAACGGAUCUCCUAAGGCCCAUUCAUUAUAGUUUCACACCGCUGCCAACCACACUGACUGGGAAGUUACUUUCCAACCACCACCUCCCGUGGUGGGUGACCCGUAGAAUUGACCGCAGGGAGCUUGAAUUGGAAAAUUUAUUACUUCGAUGGCGUGGAUCAUCACUAAUCUCCAAGGGUUUGCAAUUAGUGCCUUCGCUGGAUGCACCGGACCUAUGUCAAUGGCCGGGGAUUAAUUUAGGACGUUCAUCUGUUUGCGUAGCAAUGCUAACGCUAACUUGGAAGGAGGAAACGCAAACCGUCCUGGCUUCCACACGUCAAUGGCAGUUAGAAAUGUUUGGUUCGCGGAAAGUAAUUAUCAGGUUGGAAAGGCUCAGUUGAUUUACCGUCACUGAACUGUCAACUACGUUAUGAGGUAGUUGUAGAAAUCAACCAAUCAAAUUUGAAUAAACAUUUCUGUGAGUUAUUACAGAUUACGAUAAAUUUCAAGAAACUUACACGCAAAUUCGAAGAUGUUUCAUACUUGUGCGAUUCGUCCUGUAUGCAAUGUUUUUUUGAAAAAAACCUGUUUUAAUCCAACUAGUGGUGUAAUGAUGCCUUUCUCAUAUUACUCAUACCAUCAUAAAUGUUACUGUGGGGUUCGAAAAAAUCAGUUGUUCAUUGAAUAGAAACAGGAAUGUUUGUUCGAGUGUAAUCUAGCUAAAUCUACGAAUCAAAACACGGAACUUCGAAUUCAGGGAUUCUUUUUGAAACCAUAAGACGUUUCCUUUGAAUCUAUGACCGUUAUUACCGGUAUCACUUCACGGUGAAAACCAAGUGAAGCGAGUUUAGUUCCUCAGUACGGAACCCAAGUAGCAAUCCGCAACUAGUUCUGAUGCGACUAAGUCCAAACUAUGUUGCAACAAGAGCACGAAUAUGUUUUUUAUGUUAUACUGGUUAAAACAAGGUGACAGCAAUGUUUCUUCAUAACAUAACCAGUUACGAAAUAGUUAUUUAGGUUUCAAAUCACCACAUCUUUUUGUCAUAUUGAAUAAAUUAUAAAUUAUAAGCUAUCGUAACUUAAUCCAAACACAUCUUUAA